CACAAACUCUAAUUGAUGGAAGUAAAGAGGUAAUGGCAAAUGAGGCUGGUGAACAUGAACUGGGCUGUGCUGUUGAAAAGAAGGGAGAAGGAAAUGAAGUCAGUAAAGGGAAAGAAAAUGACAGUGAGAGUAACACAGUUGCAGAGAAACUAAGAAAGUAUAGUGAAGAAGACAGUGUGGAGCAAGCACCAAAUAUGAAUUCAAAUAUUGGAAGUGAAUUAAAUGUCAGAAAUAGUAAUGUGAUUAUUGAAGAUAGGGAUACAGAUGAUGCAGCUGGUCACACAUCAGAUAAAACUAUUGCAGAUGAGAUGAUGUCAGAUGCCAUUGAUGAACCACCUGAUAGUUUCUUUGAUGAUGUUUUGACAGACGAUUUCUUAGAUAGCUUGGCUGUUGUGGAUGCAUGGGAUCCAGACGCAGAGGACGGUUAUGAAAGCCUUGCUGAAACUAAAAGGGAAGAUGAUGGUAAUAACAGACAAUCACCAGCAGAAAAUAAAACAGAAAACAUAGACAAAACUGUUAGCAGGGAUUCUGAGAACAAAAGCAAAAGUGACAGGAGUUGUCACAGGAGUAGUGGGGACCAUAGCAGCCGAACUGAGAGUAGAAGACAUGACAAGGUUUCAGUUAUGACCAAGCAGAACAGUAAGGAAAGAACAGCACACAGAAAAGAUAAAAAUGAUACACAUGAACACACACACAGUGUAGACAAGGAUAUACAAAAAGGUUAUAAGAGGACAAGAGAUAGAAGUAGAGAGAGAAGAAAGGAAUAUAGCAGUAAUAAUAAGGAAAGAAAUACAUCAAGGAUAAGGAAAGGUAGUAGAGAUCAUAUAGAAAGAAGUAUACACAGAAGAGGCAGAAAUAGCAAGGACAGGAGUGCAGAAAGAAAUAUACAUAGUUAUAGUAAUAAUCAAGAAAACAAGGACAAGAGUAUGGAAACAAGUGUUAACAAAAGACAAAGAGAUGGGAGUGUAGAAGGAGCAGUAGAAAAUGAUGACAAGAAUAAGAAUAUAAUGAGGACAUCGCACAGGUACUCAUACCAAUUUAGGGUAAGUAACAGGGGGAGAACUGCAGGUAACAGUGCAAAAAAAAGGAAUUCUGAUUUGCGGCAUGAUAUCAGUGAUGUCUGUGCAGGGGAGAAACCUGGGGCAGUGCAGAGAAGACAGGAAAGUUCCAGAGAAUUUAAUAGAAGAGAGGAGGGUUUGAGGGGAAGCCAUAGAAAUGAGAAAAAUUCUGACCUAAAUCUGGCUUACAAGGAAAGUCACAGAGAAUACAUUAAGAAUUAUCAUGUGGAGAAAGGAACCUCAGAUGUGGUGAUUGAGGGAGUAGCAGCCAGUCAGCAGUAUGUUAUUACCAAGCGUGAUAACCCACCAUUAAAUGACACAAAGCUAGACACGUGUAUAAAAGAGUUGGCUGAUCUUGUGCCUCCUGGUACAGAGAAUGACUUUAUCCUUGCCACAAAAGAUGAACCUGUGAAAGUGGUUGAUGACAUUAAAAAAAUAUAUAUAAGAAAUGUUAAAGCAAAGCAUGACUGUAAAACUGUGAGAAAAGAGAGUUUAUCUGAAGAGACAAAGCACUCCAUUGUGCUUGGCUCUGAAAAAUCAUGUAGACAUCCUAUGGUAAAAUCAGAACGGCAUGGCAAAGAAAUUUGUAUCAUAAAUGAAAAGAAUGAUGGACAUAAAAUACUGGAAAGGAAUGAAAAGGAAAAAGCUUCUUUAUGUAUUGCUGGUCAGGAACCACAUAGAGAAGCAACAAGAGUGAAUUCUCCACAUGAGAGGAAAAGGAGGAGAUCUGGCUCCAGCAGGUCAGAGAGAAGAUCAUCAGCUUCAAGGAGCAGGGGUCAUGGUCCUUUGGAUGAAGAAAGGGGAAGGAAGCAACUAAAGAGUUCCUCUGAAGAAAAGAAGAGACGUUCUUCAAGCUUAGAGAGGAUGUUUGAAGCAUCAAGAACGAAAAAUGAACAGUUCAAUGAGUUGCUAAGGAAAAAGAGGGUUUUGGGAUAUGGUGGAGAAGAAAAUAUCCUAAGAUCUCGAAGCAGAGAGAGGUGGCAAGCCAGUGUUGAUGCACAGAGGUUAAAUAGGAAGGUGGACGUUGAGAAUAACAGCAGAAGAUACGUAAGAUCUUUAAGCAGAGAAAAACAGCAUGAAUCUUCUCUGCCACUAAGGUUAUCAAGAUCGCGUAGUCGAGAUAGAGAACAUAGGAAUGAAUAUCGAGACAGGCGCGAGAGAUAUAGAAACUCAUUGAGCCAGGAAGAGGAAAAGCAGAGAUCCUUAAUGAAGAACAGGCGAUCCCCAAGCUGGCAAAGAAAUAAGCACAGAGCACUGUCUCCUUUGUCUGCAGGGCACAUGUCCCUGUCUCCUAGUAUCUCAUUUGAAUUGUCUUCUGUAUCAGAGAGAGAGCCAAAGCGGCGUUUCUCUCGUUCACUUAGUAGAGAGCGAAGAAGUUAUGAAUAUCGAAGAAGUUACCGUGAUUCAUGUUCACCUCAUAGUAAUGGAUCAGCAUUCUCACCUUCAGACUCGUUUGUGUCCCUGUCUUCUGUGUCUGAUGAUUCCCGCUACAGAAGACGAAGGAAGCGGUCACCUUUCUGGAAGGAACUAGAACGUCAAUUUUCAGAGGAUUUACGCAAAAGUUUUUAUACUCAAUCAGGAGGGUACUCCUCUUCUGCAGCUGGGACAGCACAUCUUGAGCAGGGUCGCAGCUCCAGCAACUAUCCUGCCCAGGGUACUACUGCUCUCCCUUACCCUCCAGACCAUACUGUAUACAGUCAUAAUUACCCUUCUGAACCUGGUUUCUCAGGUGCUCUAAUUCAGCAUCCACAGAAUGAUGUCCCUCCCACUUUUGUGUCUGCUCCAUCACUUCAUCAUGAACCCCCUUCUGUCCCUCCAGUUAUGGCUCCAACAUCUGUCCCCCUGCCAGUACCCCCUCCAGUAUACAAUGUGCCACCUCCUGUUCCCACGGGAUAUCCUGGCCAACUAGCGCCAUUCAUCAGCAUUAGUGAGUUUCCUUCAACAGAAAAUACGCUAAGCCAACCAUUCCACUAUACUGAGAAAGAUUCUCCACAAGUGCCUCCACCGCCAAAAAUAUCGCAGCCAGGAGAUGGAAAGCAAAUGAGCCUUUCAAGUCUGCUGGAAGCGUCUGUUAAAGUUGGUGGUUCAGCUGAAAGGAAGGCGAUGUCAGUUGAUCCGGUGCUGGUGGCCCGUUGUGAAGAAGCUAUUCAUACAUACGAAGAAAAUGAUCGGGUGAUUUUGGUGUCUCCUGGUCAUCUUGUUCUGCAAGAAUCUUCAAAGCCACAUUCAUCAGCUGAAGCAGUUAUGCAGGCUUCGUUAGAGGAUGCCAAGUUCCGGUCGCCCAUUCUACGGACACCAGAUCCUCAGCUCAGUUUUACAACUCCACCAGUCCAUGAUGAUGUCACGUCAAAACCAUUGCGCCAUCUUCCGAAGAAGGGCAACACCGUCUCUGUGAAAGGAGAGCCAGAAACUCGUGGUGCACCAUUUGGACGCUCUACAGAUAAUUCAGAAUUGUGUGUAGAUGCUUCAACAAGGGCUGAUUCUCGUGAUAAUGAAAAGAAAGGAUCAAAGAGACAGAAGUGUGUCUCCUGUUUAGAACGUAUGAAUAGGAUUAUGGUUUGGAAUUCGACCCAGACACCACCAAAUCUGGAUAUCAGUGAUAAAAUUAUGGUUUGGAAUUCAACACAAACCCCACGCAAACAAGUUAAACAUGUGGGGAUACAAGUACAGAUCGUUAAACUUCGGCGUCUGCGUAAGUGGGUUGCUCAAAAGGAACGUUCUCAUAAACUGCAUGCAGUGAACGUAGGGGAUGAUGUGAAAAGUGAUGCUACUGCAGUGUAUAAACGUAGUUCUCCUCAUUCUAAUCCAAGCAAGACCCAAGGUUCCUUCUCUGACAUCACACCUACAGUUGCUUUGAAGGAGUACAGAAACCAAGAAGCUGCAGCUGAGUCCAGACAGCAAGCUCCAGAGCAAAGUGGUUUUCCUGCAUCAUCAAAUAAUGAAGGUGGUCACAGAGGUAGAGACAGUUUUUAUAAACCUCCAUACCAAGUUUGUGUAAGCAGCCAUGGGCAGAGUUCAUUUUCACAUUAUUCUAGUGGUAGGAGUGAUAUGGAAAGUGCAGUGUCAUCGGCUAUUUCCCAGAGAAGUGUGCAUCCAAAAGGAAUUCUGAAGGGAAGAAGUGACCUAGAAGUACAGCCGCCUGCACCUGCACCACAGAUGCCAUGGCAGCAAUCAUCAUCCCUGAGGAAUUGUGAUUUUCCGGAAUAUUCUGCGCUGCCACCUCAUCAAGCAUCACAGCCAUUCACUUCAUCUGGGGGUUCAAGAGAGUUUGGGAGAAGCUGUUCCAAUACAUUUGGAGGAAUGGGACCCAACAGUCCAAUGCAGCCGACUUCCUCAAACGCGGAAUCUAUGUUUGGUAGUACUGCUGCCAGUUUUCCAAAGUUUGGGAAUCCUGACAUCGGAAGUACCCCACAUAUGGAUCAGAACUUCUAUGGUUUGCAUCACAAUCAGUUCCCUUUACUUCGAGGAAGUGGAAAUCCAGGAGCUGGCCUUGGGAUGCAGCCAAUCCAGCAUCAGAGUUCCAUGGUCUUCCGACAAGUAGGCAACCCACCCAUGAUGCCACAUGAUCCUGAUAUACGCUAUUGAAUACCUGGCAACAGAAAAGACAUUAUGCUAUAAUAUUCUUUCACAGUGUUAUCUUGGUUUUAGGAUGUAUGUCUGUUCAUAGUUACAUGGGGUGUGUAGAAAUUUCUGUGACAUUUUCUUGUAAGUGUACUUAGUAGUUUUCCAUAUUGUGGUGUGUAACUGGAGAAUGGGAAGUAACUAUGCCCUGGUCUUCACGUUAUAUGUUCAUAGUUGUCUGAUUUUAUGAGAUUUCAGGUUAUGUGAGUAAUAGAAAUUUGGGAACAUAAACCAUGAUGUACUUCAUCAGGGUCAUUCAGCAGAACACUUUUGGUUACUGUACCUGUUAUCAGUGUUUCCUUUAUUUUCAGCCAGUAGGCAUAUCAGCAUAUAGUUGAUGCAUACUGGCAACUUUGUGAAAAGUUGGGAGAUGCACUUCAGCUGGUGCAUUAAGUAUUUUGACUUGUAGGCUAAAACUGAGUAUAAGAAUACUGGCAAAUAUGUAUUUAGCGGGGAGAACCCAUGCCUGUUACCACACUCAUGUCCUCAAGCACCAUAAUUUCUGCUCAUAAUGCUUAUAGAUUUAUCCAGUUACUAGAAGCUUACAAGUGAAAUGUGAAUAAAAAAUACAGAAUUGUUUUUGUGUGUGUAUGAUAUUUGAGAUAGUGGAAGUGGUGGGGUAAAUUAUGAAUUACACAUAAUGUGCUGAUGAUAUGUAUGUAUGCCAUAUCAGACUGUAAUUUUCUGUUGAGUGUCAUAGUUGUUUAUUCCACAUAUUAUGUAUGUGAACACACACACCAACGCACACUGCAAAACGGAAAUGCAGUAAGUCUUUGACAAAUUUGAAUACUGCUUCUUUAAUUUUUUUACAAAUUUGUUACACAAAAGUCUGUAGAUGUAUUAAAAUGAAUUUCCUUGAUUUUGAAUUGUUUUUGCAUAUUAAUUAGCCUGUAUUUCUUGGUUCUUUUGCCUGGAUGAUAUACUUAUCUACUGUUUAUGGCAUUGUGAAAGGAUUUUGUGCUCUCUUCAAUACUGUCAAAUGAUUUCAUUCAGAUAUCAGUGUUUAUACAACAUUUUGAUUCAUGUGAAACUGUAAAUGUGAGUAUCUUGAAACUGGACAACGACAAGAGAGAUUCUGUUCCAUCCUUAGUGUUGGUGAUAAAAGCCUUUGACAUCUUUCGUGAACAGAAGCUCGGAAGUAAUAUAGAGAAACUUAUUUAGUUCACUACACAGUAAUUGGUUUCAACAUGUCAGUUGACUCAAGGAUGAAUAAUGACCUACCAUUUAGUAAGAAGACGGAUGACUUGGGCACCCAUUUAAAGGGCUGCACGAUGACGUGAACUCAAGAAGCGGAGCCUGAUCAACCGUAAUCAACUAAUAUAAUGGUAUGUGAACUCUCUCUUUUCAGGAUUUACAGGGUUGACAGGUUAGAUGACAUUACAAAUCUCUAGAUAUGGAAUCUGAUCAGGAAGCCAUUUUUAUUGACUUGUUUCAUGAAUGUAAUAUUUGAGAAUGCCUUUACUGAUUUUUUUUUAUGCUUUGUUAGUCACUAGGAAGGAUAUUACAGGACUCUUAUAUUUGUUGUUAUGGUGUAGAGAGGCAUCUUACAAUUGUUAUAGAGAGGGAUCUCUUGAUGUUUAUUUAGAAACAUUUUCAAAAUUUUUGCCAAUAGUUAGCAUACAUUUUGUGUUAGUUUGUAAGUUUGCAUGUGGGAAGAUUAUCAUUAUUUUGUUCCCUUUAAUAUAUACCACAGAAAUUUAACUAGUUGCUGUUAUACGUACACUUUCAUUACAGUAGUGUGGGGAUGUAUAAAUAGAAACCGUUGUAUCUGGAGGUCAUAGAAGGGACCUUUAUGCUCUUUGAGUUUAUAUUUUGAUAAUGUUGAAAUUUAGUAAGGUGUGUAGUGCCUAGAAAUUGUUCAUUUUCCAAAGUGGAAUUCAAAUUGUGUUCCCUUUACAGGCUUGACUGACUGUGGGGCUAUAGUGUGCUGUGUACUCUUGGAUAGUAUCCCUGUAUCCUGAAUUCCCAGAGAAAUAUGGUUUAGAGACCUACCAGAUGCAUUAAAUUAUUCAUUGUUUCCAAAGACAUUUUGUUACCUAAUGCUUUUUAAUAUGAUGGUACUAUUCAGAUCUGGUAAGUAGCCGGGAAAGGAAUGCAACCUCAUUGUUUUCACUUGUCUGUAUACUUUUCCAAUUCAUUUGUAAUGUUCUUACAGGGUAAGUGCAGUAUUAAUAAUCUCAUUGCAGACAACUUAAUAAGUAAUGACACAACUACUGCAGCUUAUUCAGUUGCCAUAUCAAUUAGGAAAAUGGUAAAUAUAAUUUUGGUUGUUUAUUGCAUGCAUGAUUCAGAACUCCUGUGGUCUGUGUAGUGCUACAUAUGAUUGGAAUGUAUAUGGUGUCUUUUCUUUUCAUGUAUUACAUAUGUAAAUUGCUUAUUUUAGACUCAGAAAUAACACUGAGAAAGGCAAAUAAUAUGAAUGAUCAUGAUUAAAUGGAGAACUGAAUUUUAACUCUGGAAUCCUCUGAUACUCAAAGUGUGGAACUUUCUUUAGUUAUUAGUUUCAGACUAUGUUACUCAAGUUGUAUUGUUAAUUUAUAGUCACAUAUGGAGGACCAGUCCUGCAAUCUUACCAUUCUUGGUUUUUUUUUGGUGUAUGUUCCUCUAUUUAUAAACUUGGCUUUUCAGCUGUUCCACAUUAUCUGCGUAUAGUUUUGAAUUCUAAUCAAUUUGCCGUUUGCUUUCUUAUGUAGAAGAAAGAUAACGUGAACACAAAUGUUUAUAUAUGAAAAUCCACUGUUAGAUAUUCCAUAUUAUAUAACAACUACUGGUGCUUAAAUAACUCCCUGACAUAACACAGUAAAAA